AUAAUUCUUGACAAUUCCAGUAGGUGUCAUGUUCCAGGGGAGAUCUCUCUCUUCCAACGACAAAACUACUAGAAAUUACCAACUAAUACCCACCCACCCACCCCAACUUCACAGGCAAGCAAGAGUGCAUCAAGGGACCUGGAAGAAUCUCCUCUUUUAAUGGCAGCUGAAAAGUCAAGUACUUCUAGAUAACACCAAUGGCAAGCCCUCUACCCACCAACUCCCAUCAUCUCCAACUCCAAGACAUUCAUUUAACCCCAUGAAAAGAAAACUUUAAAGCAUACUAGAAAAGAUCUCUCCAUCCAAACAUGGCUGCAGGAACAAACUAAGCUUCCUUCCUCCAACUCCUCAGAUGAUGGUAUUCACCUUGUUUUCAUGGAUCCAACACCACCACCACCUCCUCCUCCUCCUCCUAAUCUCUGGUGCUUUCUUCGCCAAAGCUGAUGACUCCCUUCCCAUAAUUCGCACCAUCUGCGGCCGAAACCAGUCGAAAAAUCCCGAAGCCUUCGAUGUCAACUUUGUGAACACCAUGGAGAUGGUAUUCCAGAAUGUUACCAGAGCUGGUUUUGGCACCGCAGUCUCGGGCACCUCCAACAUCGUGCAUGGCCUUGGCCAGUGCUUCAAUUACCUUUCCCCCACUGCUUGUCAGCUCUGCUACGCAGAGAGUAGAGUCAAACUCCCUCACUGUCUCCCUGCCACCACUGCCCGUAUCUAUCUUGAUGGUUGCUUCCUGAGGUAUGCAGACUACAACGUAUCUAGCGACGCGGUCGACGAGUUCGACGCAUUUGUUUGUGGGAAUUCAUCGGCAUCGAAUUCCACAGAAUUUGAGGACACAGCAAUCAGGUUGGUGAGGAGUUUGGCAUCAGAAGCAUAUAGCAGUAAGGAGUACUACAAGGCAGGGAGCUCAGCUGGGUCAUCAGGUGUGACGGUCUAUGGGAUGGCACAGUGUUGGAGGUCUCUGAAUGUGAGUGGAUGCAGGGAUUGUUUGAAGAGUGCAAAAGAUAGUGUGGCUCGGUGCUUACCGGCUGCAGAUGGGAAGGCCCUGAAUGCAGGGUGUUACUUGAGGUACUCGACGGAGCCGUUCUACUUGGCGAAGACAGUGGAAAGUGGUGGCUCUUCUUCUGCCCGGCGUCGACUGAUCGUUGCCCUCGGAUCAAUCAUUGCUGCAUUAGCAGUCAUAGGAAUAGCUAUCCUCUGGAUGAAAUUAAGGCCCACUGAUUCAAAUGAUGAUAUAGAUGGUUCACAAGAAAUUAUAAGAUCAAUUUCAUCAUCCAAUCUUAGUUUCAAAUAUGAAGAUUUGAGAAAAGCAACCGACAACUUCAGUCAGAUGAAUAAGCUCGGCCAAGGGGGGUUUGGCUCAGUUUACAAGGGAGUUCUACCAGAUGGCACGGAAAUUGCUGUUAAAAGGCUGUUCUCCGAUGCAAGACAAUGGAUCGAUCAGUUCGUCAAUGAAGUUAGUCUUAUUAACCGAGUUCAGCACAAAAACCUCGCGAAGCUUCUGGGUUGCAGUGUUGAAGGACCCGAAAGCCUUCUGGUUUAUGAGUAUUUAUGCAAUACUAGUUUGGAUCACUUCUUAUUUGACUCAUUCAACAAGAACGCAUUGGAUUGGGAAAGAAGAUUCGAUAUUAUCAUUGGAACGGCGGAGGGGCUGGCGUAUCUCCAUACUUCUUGCGAAGUCAGGAUUAUACACAGAGAUAUAAAAGCCAGCAACAUAUUGUUGGAUGAAAGCUUUAAGCCCAAAAUAUCAGAUUUUGGACUGGCGAGGUGUUUUGCAGGGGAUCAGAGUCAUCUCAGCACUGGCCUAGCUGGAACUUUUGGCUAUAUGGCUCCGGAAUAUAUCGUCCAUGGGCAGCUGACAGAGAAGGCCGACAUUUACAGCUAUGGUAUACUAGUUCUUGAAAUUGUUACAGGCCGAAAGAACCACAGUUCCAUAGCAGAAUCAGCAGAAGGCCAUUCCCUCGUGUCCUUGAUAUGGCAAAAUUUCAAUUCAGAGAGAUUAACUGAGCUGCUGGAUCCUAAUCUUCAAGACCAGUGCUCCGAGGAGCAAGCUAUAAAGGUGUUUCAUGUGGGUCUUCUAUGCACACAAGCUUCUCCUAGUCUCAGGCCACCAAUGUGGAAGGUGGUGGAGAUGUUGAGAAGUAACUCAAAGGACCUUCCUCUUCCCACACGACCUCCUUUCAUUGGCAUCAAGGGUGCAAGUUUUAAAAACGAGGGGUCCGAAACUUCCUCUCUCUUAACAUCCUCAUUGAGGUCCCCCAAUUCAGUGAAUCAGAUGUCAGUGAGUGCUGUGCAAGGGAGAUAACAUACAUCCAGUUAUCUUUGAAGAAGAAAGUCACAGCAGUUUUGCUUAUAAUUUGGAUAGAAAAUAAAUCAUCAUGCAGUUUCACUGAAGCAAUGCGAUUCAAAAUUUGGCCAAGUUAGAGAUUCUUUCAUAUGUUUACGGGUUUUGUUAUAAAUAAGCCAUACGGGUUGUUAUAUUGCAUACAACACAUAUCUUGUCAAUAUACAAAAAAAUUGGAUUACACGUUACACCCCACCUGUUCUCAAAAACUACAGAUGGCCUACAUUUCUGCUCAAAUUCUUGUGACAACUUCCAAUAUUCCAAGAAGACUUAUGGUUGGUACUGCUUCUGCUAACACCAGAUGAGUUUAGGCUAAUUAGCAGGUACUGAAAGGUAAUCAGAUUCAUGGUUGGUACUGCUUCUGCUAAUGCCAGAUGAGUUUAGGGUAAUUAGCAGGAACUGAAACGAAGAAGGAACAAUAGCAACAGAAUUUCCACCCAACUGCAGCAUAGCACUGGCAUGAAAGCAGUGGCUAUACUGAUCGGGCUCUCAUGAUUAACCUAUGCUGAAAUUGUACUAGUGCCGACAUCUGUGCUGAAAAUUUUCGAUUCUUCUG